UGACGCCACCACGCUUUCCCUACCAUGCGACGCGUCAUGUCCGAAGAAAGAUGGCGGAAGGCGGAGCGGCAGAUCUGGAUACCCAAAGAGGAGAGAUCGCGGCGCUUCUGAAAACACAGUUACGAAAGGGAGACACUUGGUACCUUGUGGACAGUCGUUGGUUUAAACAGUGGAAGAAAUAUGUGGGGUUCGACAGCUGGGAUAAAUAUCAGAUGGGCGAUCAAAAUGUCUACCCAGGACCGGUGGAUAACUCUGGGCUUCUCAAAGAUGGGGAUGUGCUGGCAAUCAAGGAGCACCUCAUCGAUGAGCUGGACUACAUCUUGGUGCCGACGGAGGGCUGGAAUAAGCUGGUCAGCUGGUAUGGGGUGACAAAGGGCCAGGAGCCAAUCGCACGAAAGGUGGUGGAACAGGGUAUGUUUGUGAAGCACUGCAAGGUGGAGGUGUACCUGACGGAACUGAAGCUUUGUGAAGACAGCAACAUGGACAACGUGAUCACCAGACGCUUCAGUAAAGCCGACACAAUAGAUAUGAUAGAGAAGGAGAUGCGAAAGCUGUUCAGCAUCCCUGAUGAGAAGGAGACACGACUGUGGAACAGGUACAUGAGCAACACCUUCGAGCCUCUCAACAAGCCGGACAGCACCAUCCAGGACGCCGGACUGUACCAAGGACAGGUUCUCGUCAUAGAGCAGAAGAACGAGGAUGGCUCAUGGCCCCGAGGCUCCAUGGCUUCCAAGUCAUCUGGUGCUUCCAAUCUCUCUGCUUUGCCAAAGAUCUCGCCUUCAUCUCUCACAAACAAUCAUAACAGCAGCUUCAACAGCAGGAAUGUUAAGAACUCCAGCUACAGUCUGCCCUCCUCCUACCAACCGUACAGCAACAGCUACGACUACUCGGAGCAGAGCAGGCAGAGCGAGCGUUCGGGCCUCUGUGGACUCUCCAACCUGGGAAACACCUGUUUUAUGAACUCUGCAGUGCAGUGUUUAAGCAAUAUCCCCCCUCUGACGGAGUACUUCCUCAAAGACAAGUACAGAGACGAGCUGAACGAGGACAACCCCCUGGGCAUGAAAGGGGAGAUCGCCAGAGCCUACGCUGAGCUCAUCAAGCAGCUUUGGUCGGGGAAAUACAGCUACGUAACGCCGAGACCCUUUAAGACCCAGGUGGGCCGGUUCGCCCCACAGUUCUCCGGCUACCAGCAGCAGGACUCCCACGAGCUCCUGGCCUUCCUCCUGGACGGCCUUCACGAGGACCUGAACCGCAUCAGGAAGAAACCCUACAUCCAGCUGAAGGACGCCAACGGUCGGCCAGAUAAGGUGGUGGCGGAGGAAGCGUGGGAAAACCACAUUAAGAGGAACGACUCCAUCAUCGUGGACAUCUUCCACGGCCUCUUCAAAUCCACUCUGGUUUGUCCUGUGUGUGCCAAGGUCUCUGUGACCUUUGACCCUUUCUGCUACCUGACCCUCCCCCUGCCCAUGAAGAAGGAGCGGACACUAGAGGUGUACCUCGUUAGACUGGACCCAGUCGCUAAACCAACACAGUACAAGCUGACCGUCCCAAAGGUGGGAUACAUCUCUGACCUUUGUACCUCCCUCUCUAGCCUAUCUGGAGUGCCUGCUGACAAGAUGAUUGUUACUGACAUCUACAACCACCGUUUCCACCGGAUCUUUGCCACUAAUGAAAACCUCAGCAGCAUCAUGGAGCGAGAUGAUAUUUACGUCUUUGAGGUGGCGGUGAACAGAGUGGAAGAUGCGGAUCACGUAGUAAUCCCUGUUCACUUGAGGGAAAAGUUCAAACAGUCGGGCUACAACCACACCAGUACGCCGCUGUUUGGUCUGCCCUUCCUCAUCGCCGUCCCAAGAACUCUGAGCGAGGACAAACUCUACAACAUGCUCCUCUCUCGACUCUGCCGGUUUGUCCGAUCUCCUGUGGAAGAGGAUGAGGAGGACAGCGAAGAGACGCAGCCGUCCACGCAACACGCUAUUAAUGGAAACGCCACCAACGGGUUGCUAGAGGAGGGCUCGCCUAGUGAGAUGGAGACGGACGAGCAGGACGACGAGUCCAGUCAGGACCAGGAGCUGCCGUCGGAGAACGAGAACAGCCAGUCGGAGGAUUCGGUGGGAGGCGACAACGAGCUGGAGAACGGUGUGACGGCACCGCAGAUCUCCACCAAGGUUCAGCAAACGGCCGGCCUCAACAGGAGGAGGCUCUUUACAUUCCAGUUCGACAACAUGGGCAAAUCGGACUUCUCACUCAUCAAGGAGGACACCAAGCUGAUCCGCUUUGACGAGGGACAUCUCAGACUAAGUGACCGCUCGUAUCUGUCUUUGGACUGGGAACCAGAGAUCAAGAAGAAGUAUUUUGAUGAGAGCGUCGUUGAGGACUAUGACAAGCAUGAGAGCAUGGAGUACAAACCUCAGAAAAAAGCUUUCUUCAAGCUGAAGGACUGCAUCGAGCUGUUCACCACCAAGGAGAAACUGGGAGCCGAGGAUCCCUGGUACUGCCCAAACUGCAAGCAGCAUCAGCAGGCCACCAAGAAGCUGGACCUCUGGUCCUUGCCGCCGGUUCUCGUGGUCCACCUUAAACGUUUCUCUUACAGCCGCUACAUGAGGGACAAGCUGGACUCGCUGGUUGACUUCCCACUCAGGGAUCUGGAUAUGUCGGAGUUCCUGAUCAACCCCAACGCCGGGCCCUGUCGCUAUGACCUCAUCGCUGUGUCCAACCACUAUGGCGGGAUGGGAGGCGGACAUUACACCGCCUAUGCUAAGAGCAAAGAUGACGGGAAGUGGUACUACUUUGACGACAGCAGUGUGUCUCCAGCCAGUGAGGACCAAAUAGUGUCCAAAGCCGGCUAUGUGUUGUUCUACCAGCGCCAGGACACGGUCAAAGGCACCGGAUACUUUGCCCUGGACCGGGAUGAAGAGGAGGAUGAAGAGGAGGAGGAGGAAGGUGGGGAUGCUGAGGAAAACGAGGCGGAGGAGCUCCUAGAAAGAAGGACCGUCUCGUGUUCUCAGGGUGCCUGCUCCAGCGCACAAAGCGACGACGAGGAGCCGAUCGAGAACAAGAGCAGGAAAAAUGACAUCAACGAGGAGGAGGAUGAUGAAGAGGAGGAGGAAGAGGAGGAGGAGGAGGAAGAGGUAUCCAAUCAUGACAUUACCAUGAAAACCAACUGAGGUAUACGGAUUCAGGAACAAGCAGAGAUAAGAAAGGGAUCUGUGCAUCAUGAAGCCAUAGGGACACACGGCGCUGCAGCGAGCCACCGGUCCCGCUCAGCCGCACGGACCGAACCGGGCCGCCGCCACCGGGACAUCGACUGUUCGGCUGGGGGAGCUGCCUCGGUACGCAACUCUAAUAAAUCAGGAGCCUCUUGUGGGUGAAUCACUGCGUGUGUGUUUGAGAGAGCGUGUCGCCGACAUCAACUCCCACAGAGCAUAAAGAAUGAUGACGGCGCCCUCAGCAGGCGCUGCUGCUGCGCCGCCACCUUUUUCUCUAUAUUUGAAAUGUUAUUUAAGCAGUGCAUUGUUUGCAUAUCAUUUUAGUAUUAUUUGGAUUUUGUAAAUAUUUUUAAACACUGAACUGCAUUGAGUUUUCAUGAUGCGCUGAAAUAUUUUUGAACUUGCACAAACACUACUCCGCCUCCUCCUCCUCCUUUAGAACGCCAGACGAACUGCAUCUAUAAUCUAGACAUAACGUAGAGAAGCGGAUGAAAUAUCCCAGCUUUCUGCUUUUGCUGCUCAAGCAGCUGAUCUCUCGUUCUGAUUGGUCGCAUUUUAACUCCAACAUCUUAGAGGUCAAAGAUUGUUAGUCAAACUUAUAUACUGUGGAUUGUUUUGCAGAAAACAUGUGCUGGAAAAAGUUCCACACUGCCAAUCGCCUCCUCAUUGCUCUUCAUAUCUACGUGAAGCUUUAGUCCUGUCCAGUUUUAUUACAGCUUUGACCUGCAGGCAGAUUUCUACAAAAUAUUUCUUUCUGGAUCGAUCCUGCCCAGAGCAAACAUCGAUCCCAUUCAGAGCUGAAGACUAAACAUUUGAAGCUGUCUAGCUUUGCUAAAUCAGAUUUUUUGCUUCUUAGAUUGUAAAUCUUUAAAAAAAAAGCGUAGCUAGCUUUUCAAAUCAGCUCAGGAGGAUGAACCAGAGAAGCUGCUGUUACUUUUCAAUAGACAGCUUCCCUCUGAUUACAUUUUAAACCUCACUGACAUUAUAAAGCCUAAGUUUACAUGAUGCUUAAAGGUGAUGCGUUCGGUGACUAAGUAAAGAUCAAAUUUCCUUCCCUUUGGUGCGUAAAGAAUCUAAAAAUCAGCCUCUGAUUUCUUCAUUCCUCCCACGUCCUCUUAAAAUCACUUCGGCCUUAACUCCACAUUAACACACUGCUAUAUUCACCUCCAAGUUUUUCUUUUUAACCCACAAGAGGGCCAGAAUAUACACUGAACUGAAUGAACAAAGACCACAUGUAUGUGAAUCAUGCCUUUAGAUUGAUUGUUUUUUUCCCUCGAUUUUUCCGGCCCUCUCUUUGCUUUUUGGUAACAGGUUCUCCGCCUUUGAUGCUGCCUGUUCGAGUUUCUGGGGAAACGCUUCUAGUGUGUGUGUGGGUGGGUGUGUGUGUGGGAUUUGAAGCGGGGGAGGUGGGGUGAGUCGACCUGAAGCCUUUCAGCUCGUAGGACCAUCAUCCAGUGAUGCGGCAGAGCUCCUGUCGCCUCCCAUUACGAGGCUCCGCCUCUGGUUCCAUCGGCCGACUCGCCCCAUCCUAACGCCGUGGGACGCGAUCGCUUCUUUAGGCUUGUACGAUAUUGUACAGAAGAGUUCACUCUGUGAGUGCACAUUUGAUAAAGUUUAUUUAUUUAUAUGUAAGCAUUUAAUAAUGAAAUGACGAUAUAUUUAAAGCCUCGGCAAGACGCCAGGAGUCGGGUGUUCGGUUACACACUAGUUUGCGAAGUCUUGUCAGGGAGGGAAUAUUUUUUUAAAAAGAUUUUUUUUUCUGUUACUGGAUUUUUCUUUUGUAAAAAAUGAAUUCAGAUGUCCUUGCAUGAAGACGUAUGGAAGUUUCCAGGUUUGGCUGCACUUGAGUUCACUUGGGUUGACAUUUGAAUUGUGCAUGUGUAUUUAUACACAAUUACAAUAAAAGUUAAGCUUCCUGUGGCUUUUUCCCCCCUCUGA